AUGGAAAGACAAAUGAAGGUUUGCGUGGUCGGCGCCGGCGCUUCUGGUCUCCCGUCUAUUCACUGGGCAAAACUGUACGGCUUUCAAGUGACAUGUUUCGAGGCCUCGCCCGACAUUGGCGGACUUUGGCGUUACAAAGAUCACUCGACACAGGAAUCAUCCGUGAUGCGUGGGACGGUGAUCAACACGAGCAAGGAAAUGACUGCUUAUUCCGAUUAUCCACCACCAGCGGAUUUCCCAAACUUCAUGCAUAAUGCGAAAUUGAUGCAAUAUUUUCGAAGUUACGCUGACGAAAUGGACUUGCUGCCGCAUAUCAAAUUGAAUCACAAAGUUCUCAACAUUCAACGAACCGACGAUUAUGGUAAAACCGGGCAAUGGAGUGUUCAGUAUCAAGAUGGUGACGGUCAAACAAACGAGGAAAUUUUCGAUGGAGUACUCCUUUGCACUGGGCAUCAUGCUAACAACAAUAUGCCAAAAUGGGAUGGAAUGGAGAGUUUCCCAGGGAAAAUCAUUCACAGUCACGACUACAAAAGCCCGGAUGGCUACGGCGAAAAAACGGUGAUCGUUGUCGGAAUGGGAAACUCGGGUGUGGAUGUGGCGUGUGAGCUGGGACGAGUCUCGAAACAGACCUACUUGGUAAGCCGUCGCGGUGCUUGGGUUUUCUCGCGAAUGAAAGGAAACGAUAAAUGCUUUGAUAUGGAGUUGAACAAUCGUUUCAUCACUCUUUCCCUUCUCAAAGUGCUACCAUUUUGGAUGCUGGAGCGAAUGGUGGAAUGGGAUGUGGAGAAGAGAUUCGAUCACGAGAAAUUCGGACUCAAACCGAAACAUCAUAUUUUCAGUGCUCAUCCAACUCUUUCCGAUGAGCUGCCAAAUCGGGUGAUGUCCGGGACUGUGAAAGUAAAGCCGGGAAUCUCGAAAUUCGUUGGCAGUACCGUCUACUUUGAGGAUGGGACGAAAGCGGAAAAUGUUGAUGAGGUUGUUUGCUGCACCGGCUACUCGUUCACUUUCCCGCUCCUCGAAAAGGGAAACCUUUUGCCGGUGACAGGCAACAGACACGGUGGCAUCUACAAAUUUAUGUUCCCGCUGCAGAUAGCCGACAAAAACUCGCUGGCUUUGAUCGGGCUUGUUCAGCCAUGGGGCAGCAUUAUGCCAAUCUCGGAGAUGCAGGCUCGUGUCUUUUUUGCGAACCUUCGUGGGGACAUCAAGUUGCCCGAAAAGGAAAUGAUGAAAAAGGAAGCGGUGGAGGCGGUUGAAGCGUUGGGUAAACGAUACGUUGACAGUCCAAGGCAUACAUUGCAGGUCGAUUUCGUGCCCUACAUCGAGGAUUUAGCGAAAAUGAUUGACUGUCACCCGGAUGAAUGGAAUUACGUCUUCUCCGAUCCGAUUUUAUUCAAAGCCGUUCAAUUCGGCCCCAAUGUCGCUUAUGUCUACCGUUUGAGGGGUCCUUUCGCGUGGAAAGGAGCGCGGAAAGCCGUGAUGGAAGUGAUGGAUCGAGUGGAUCAGGGAAUCUCCGGCGGGCGUCCGAGAAAAAUCUUUCGUGACGAAGGCGCUAAAUUUUAUGUUGACAACGGCUGUGAACGAUCGAGGAUACGGUAUCUCCCAGAGGACAAUACU